AUGGCGUCAUGGAAUCGAGCCGCAGUGCUCGUGCCGCCGUUCGUUAUAGGCAUCUUGACGGGCUUCACUUUGCUGAUGCUGCAGCAGUCACUGUCGACACGCAUUCCGAUAUCCUUCGACAGGGUCGACACGGUACAGUACAUUAUCGAAACCGUCGUCGACCAGCUUUCGGACAAUCCUGACCGCAAGUUUAUUCAGGUCGAGCAGGGUUUCUUCUAUCGUUGGUGGGAACGCCAGCACGAACCAAUGCGGGAAAAAGUACGGAAGCUGGUGGCUUCUGGCCAACUGGAGUUCAUCAACGGUGGGUGGGUGAUGCAUGACGAGGCGUGCACGCAUUACACGGACAUGGUGCAUCAGAUGGCCAUGGGGCACCGCUUCCUCAUGGCAACAUUCAACGUCACCCCGCGCAUCGCCUGGCAGAUCGACCCCUUCGGCCACUCCGCCACGCAAGCCAGCCUCAUCACCGCCCAGGCGGGGCUAGAAGCGGUGUUCAUGGGGAGGGUGGACCAGCAGGAGAAGGAGACUCGCUUGGCCGCCAAGACAAUGGAGUUCAUGUGGCGCGCCGAGGGGGCACGGCACAGGGACAACCAGGUGCUGGGAAUGGUCUCCUACGACGGCUACUACUCACCGCCUCAGUUCCGCUACCAGGACUCAGACGAUCCUUCCUACCGUAUUCAGGACAAUCCCUAUGGAGGGUCGCCCAACGUGCAGCGCCUAGUGGACGAGUUUGUCACAGAAGUGACCAAGAGGGCGGAGGGCUUUAAGACGAAUCACCUGUUGUUCCCCAUGGGCGAGGACUUUGCGUUUGACCGCGCCAUCUCGUGGUUCAAGAACAUGGACAAGCUCAUUCACUACGUCAACCUGGACGGGAGGGUGAACGCGCUCUAUUCCACGCCAUCCAUGUAUCUGGACGCGCUGCACUCCUCCAAUGCCACAUGGCCUCUCAAGACCGGUGACAUGUUCCCGUAUCAGGACAGUGGGCCCUACUGGUCGGGCUACUUCAGCAGCCGCCCCUCCCUGAAGCUCCUCGCGCGCUCCUGCAGCGCCCUCCUGCUGGCCACCACAGCAGCAGAGGCAGCAGUGGGAAAGCAAGCACUGCAGGCGUGGGGCAUGGCGACCGGGCGCAUGGUGGUACUGGAACACCUCGUGCUGGACCUGCACAUGGGAAAUGCGACGAGAGACAGCCACGAGGAGGAGAAGCAGGCGGAUGGGGGGAAGAGUGGGGGAGAGAGUGCGAGAGGGGUGGAGGGGAUGAGGGUGGGGUGGGAGGGCGACCGGCGGGUGCGAGUGGCGAACUCGUUCCGGCUGGAGGAGGCGGUGGCAGUGGUGCAGCACCAUGAUGGCAUCACGGGGACGGCCCAGCAGCAUGUGACCGACGACUAUUCUGAUAGGCUGCACCGAGCUGCGAUGGAGGUGAGGGUUGUUAGAGGGCACUGGGUUUUGUGUGCAUGUGGGCUGGAGGAGGCGGUGGCAGUGGUGCAGCAGCAUGAUGGCAUCACGGGGACAGCACAGCAGCAUGUUACAGAUGAAUAUUCUGCUAGACUGCACCGCGCUGCCGUGGAGGUGAGGGCUGAGUGCAUGGGUAGAGGUUAG